CCGGUACUCUGGGAUCCUGGAUGUACACUGGCUCCCCUCUUCUUCAUUGGCAAAAUGAAUAGGUGCAAUAAAAAUAUUUUCCAGCUAAAAGCAGGACCCUUGAUUUCAGGGUGUGGGUACAGGAGGUCCUGCAUUGGAACACCUCCUGCUGAGAGAUGAUCUAUUGAGAAGUACUUGAUUUGCUCAAAUGAAGUUAUCCUCACUAUGGUCCAAUGCUGUUGUCAUCAACGUGGCCAUUGCUUUGUAUUCCGGAACUGCCUUCCGAUCACCAUACAAACUCAAAAUAGACUGUAGACCAUAUCUGAAUUCUGAUGAUGAGUGUACCAGAGAGUAUUAUCCUGUAUGUGCAACUAACGGAAAAACUUAUUGCAAUAAAUGUAUUUUCUGCCAGGCACUGAAACUUGAUACAAUGUCUUCCUCUCUAUUAUGGAUCAAAAUCACUUUCAUCCUGGCCUUGGUGGUCCCCUUUUAUUAUGAAACUACUUUUGCAUUUUCCAAAGAAGUUCGACGUCAGCCAGAUUGUAACAAGUACAGAACAUUCCCAAACCAGUGUACCAGAGAAUGGAAUCCAGUCUGUGGGACUAAUGGACACACUUACAGCAACGAGUGUGUUUUCUGCAACGCGAAGAUAGCUGCUAAAGAAAAAAUUGAUUAUCGGCAUUAUGGUCCCUGCUGAGUUUUGCACAGUGUUCUGUGGUUAUCCUUUUUCAUGGUGGAUUUUACAAUCAAGUAGAAUGUUCUCAAUCGAUGCUUAAAAUUCCUAGACAGCAAGUGAAGCUUUCUGUGGGUCAUGAAGUGGAAUACAAGAUAUUGAAAGAAUUUCUUCAAGCUGUGGUUGAAGGGCUUUAUUUCAAUCAAUGUAUUAUAGUGUUAAAAUUGCUGUCUUAAUUUUGUGUUUGAGGAAACUCAGUAUGGUUUGUAACCAUAAAUGUUUCAUUCACUAAAAUGUUAAAUAAGUUUUAUUCUAAGUAUUCUUUAUCUUAGAGGCACUUGGUUAAGUCUUAGAGGCAGAUGGCUAAGGUAAAUGAACAUUUGUAGUAAUUAUAAUUUGUUGAUGAAAAAAGAAAAAAAAACCCA